AUGGUCAGGGCGGCCAUUAUUGGUCUGGCUGGCCUUUUCAGCUUUGCAUGUGCACAGAGCAGCUCUGUCAAAGUCCGAUGGAUCGACGGCACGCCAAAGUACCUUUCUGGAACGACGUUUGGAGUGCCCUGGCCCCGCGGACAGCACCCUGCCAAUGCGACGACGUUUACAACGACGGGCGAUGCAAGUCUCCAGUCAUGGGUGACUGCGUAUUGGCCUGAUGGCAGUCUGAAGUGGACUGGGCAUGCUCUGGGAGCCAGCGAAUCUCCCGCCGACGAAUAUACCAUCACGGCAACGAGUAAGGGCAAUUCAUCUGCACCCCGCCGUGCACGACGAGCUAGCGGCAUCCAAGUCAGCGAUUCUGGCGAGGAGAUUGUAGUCGAUACUGGCAAGGUCACGGCAGUAUUCCCAAGAUCAGGCAAUGUUCUUGUUUCCAGCAUCAAGGCUGGUGCAAAGACUGUUGGUACAAAUGGCCAUCUUGUCCUGCGAUCCCAAUCUGGCACUCCGGACGACAAUGCCGACGGCAAGCCUACUGGCAUCGACUAUUUUGCCUUUACCAGCAAGAUAUCCAACGUUACUGUAUCUGAGGAGAACACUGCUCGCACGCUGGUCACUGUUAACGGUAUCCAUACUGCAACCGGCGAUAGCGCUCAUGACGACUGGCUUCCCUUCACUGUGCGCUUUUAUCUCUAUGCCAACUCGGAAGCGAUUCGCAUAAUCCACACGAUUGUCUACGAUGGAAACAUGUACGAUGAUUUCAUGUCUGGCCUUGGUAUCCAGUUCGACGUACCUCUGGCGAACGAAAAACUCUACGACCGCCACAUCCGCAUUGCAGGUGUUGAUGGGGGCAUGCUCCAUGAAGCCGUCAAGGGCAUCACUGGGCUCCGCCGCGACCCAGGCAAAGACAUCAGAUCAGCUCAAUACAACGGAACAGCGCUUCCAGAUCCGUCAACCUGGGACCAGCGCGUAACCACUCGUCUCCAGUGGAUCCCAGCAUGGAGCGACUACCGCCUCACGCAGCUCUCUCCCGAUGGCUUCACGCUCAAGAAGCGCACCAAAGCCGGCCAGAGUUGGGUGAAGAUCCCUGGCGGAACCAGAGCAGGUGGACUGGCCUACCUUGGCGGUGCUACCGGCGGCGGCCUUGCCCUCGGUCUCCGCGAUUUCUGGAAAAAGUAUCCUACAAGCCUAGAUAUCUCAAAUGCCGCCACAGACACCGGAUCCAUAACCCUAUGGCUGUACAGCCCGCAAGCCGAGCCCCUGGAUCUGCGCCCUUACCACGACGGCCUGGGCGAAGACACAUACAAAAAGCAGCUUGACGCCCUGGAGAUCACGUACGAGGACUGGGAAUCCGGCUAUGAUACUCCCCACGGUAUUGCACGUACAAAUGAGUUGUACGUCUACGCCUUCGACACGACGCCAUCAGCCGACAAGCUCUCUGUACUCACAAACUCGACAAACUCCCCGCCAGUACUCCUCCCCGAGCCCAAGUACAUGGCCGACACGCAAGCACUCGGAUCCUACUGGGACGUGCCAGGCGCAGUCGACUCUGCGCAAGCGCAGACAAUCGAAGAGCACAUGACGUUCCUGAUCGACUUCUACAAGGAGCAAAUCGAGCAGAGGCGGUGGUACGGGUUCCUGGACCAUGGCGACAUGAUGCACACGUACGACAACGACCGGCACCAGUGGCGCUACGACAUUGGCGGCUACGCGUGGGACAACUCCGAGCUGUCUCCCGACCUCUUCUUCUGGACCUAUUUCCUGCGCAGCGCCAGCCCAGAUGCCUACCGCAUUGCGCACGACCAGGCGCGGCACGGCGGCGACGUCGAUUCCUACCACGUAGGCAAUUUCACCGGCCUGGGGACCCGCCACGGCGUCCAGCACUGGAGCGACAGCGCAAAGCAAGCCCGCAUUUCGACGCCCGUGUACCGCAAGCCCUUUUUCUACAUCUCCGGCGGCGACGAGCGCACCGGCGAUCUCAUGCGCGAGGUCCUCGACGCCGACAAGGCGUUUCUGCGCGUCGACGCCCGCCGCAAAGUCCGCGAUCCAAGCAUCAUCUACAAACCCGAUGCGACGGCGCUCUUCCUCAACUUCGGCACUGACUGGGCGGGUCUCGCGCAGGCCUACCUAAUUGAAUGGGAGCGGCGCGGGCCGCGCGCACAAGAAGCCCACGACAAGCUCGUCGCGAGCAUCGUGUCGUAUCCGAAGCUGAAAAACGGGUUUGCAACAGGCGAAGCGCUGUAUAAUAGUCUCAACGGCGAGUGGGCGCCUCCGCCUACCGAUCCCAACAACACGGGCGAAGUCACCGUGUCGCAUCUCUCGGGCGUGUUUGGCGUCCUCGAGACAAUCGACCAGCUUGUAACGCAUUUUGGGGCCGACCAGCAGAACGUCACGCGGCCCUUCUUCGACGCCUUCUUGGACUACUGCUACUACUAUGGUGCUGGCAAGGCGGAGCAAAAGGCGCGCUAUGGAGAGGACUUUGGUAGCCUGACGCUCAUGCAGGGCCACUCGCGGUUUACGGCGUAUGUGGCAAGUCACAGACACAAUGCGUCGCUGGUGCCGCGCGUGUGGUCCGAGUUCCUGGGCGAUGGGAGUAAGGAUGGUCUUGCGCCGAGUGCGCCGUGGAAUGCGGUUAGGAUUGGUGGCAGUGAUGUGUUGGCUCCGGUGGAUGAGGCGACAUGGGUUAGUACCAAUGCUAUGGCUCUGUAUGGGGUUUCUGGUAUUGAGAAUCUGGCGCUUGUGGGGGCGCCGGAUGUGAGCAUUAUUGGUGGUAAUGCUACUGUGAAGCGAUGGUCGUAG